UGGAGAUCUCAUAUGAUUAACAGAUUGAGAGCGAGAGUACUGUUGCUCAGAAUGAUCAUAUUUCAGGAAAUCAGGCUGAAAAGAUGGGUUGAUUCAAAAGUUUAUUAGCUUGCAAGAGGAGAGUAAAGAGUCAAGGAAGAGAAUUAUAAAAAUUGAAAAUGACAUUGAGUGCAUUAGAUUAGGACUGGCCAAACUGCAAAUGGAAUGGGAAUACAGACAGCACCAUUUGUUGACAGAAUGGAGUGACACCAAAGAACAGGUGUAUGAUGAAUGCAGUGAGCAGACAAUGGACAGCAAGGAGGUGGACGAAUCAUUGAGACCCAAGAUGUCAGAAGUGGCAACCCAGCUUCAGCAUGUCACAUGCCGACAGAGGAAAGAUCAUACAAUGAAGAACGGAAUAGAUCAUGCCUGCAGUGAACAGGUUACUGAAACAGAUUUCCCGCCACAGUUUGAUGAAAGUGAUCAAGCUGAGAUGAUGUCAUUUCGAAGUGAGCCCUACAUCAAGCACUAUAUCCCGGCAAUGCCUUUAUGUAGCUUUCCACAUGGGUCCACUUCUCUCCCCCCAUCAUUGAAAAGCAACAGCUCCAUCGUAUCCCUUCCAUACAGAUAUAAGGCUGAUCUCGGAAAUGAUCGACCCCUGAAAGCAUAUGCACCUCGCUCUGUCUUAGAUAUACAGAUUGGACACAGAGUUAAAGUUAUAUUGCCAAGUGGCAAAAUUGGAGCAGGUCUGGUGAAGUAUAUCGGUGGUUUGCCUAUGGUGCCCGAAAUCUGCUUUGGAGUGGAACUGGAUUUUCCUGAAAAUGGUCUACGUAAUGGAGUGUUUGCAGGACACUGUUAUUUUUCCUGCAAGCCCAGUCAAGGAGUUUUCAUUAGCUAUAGCAAAGUGUUGAUGAUUCUCGAAUAGCAAAGAUUCCUUAAAGGGGAAGGUUUUCUGGAUUUUGAGAACUCUAACCUGAAUUUAUGUUAACACCUGAAGCAUCGAUGGAAACUGAGUCACCGUUCAGCUCAAGUACUGAAUCCAGCAAACCAGAUGUACUGUGGGAGAAGAUUCUGAAACACAGCUAAUUCAAUAUUUUGGCUCAUUAUUUUUAAUUUUUUUUCACUAACAGUGAAGGUAUCUGUUUCACAUUCUGUUUUAUUGUGAUCAACAAUAUACUUUCUCCU